AUCUCUACCCCGCCGCUUCUCUUCUCUUCUCUUCUCUUCUCUACCAGAGCCAAAACAGCGUCUCCUGAGUUAGGGGUUCUCCUGCGUCUGCUCCGAUGGGUAAGGGAACUGGGAGUUUUGGUAAGAGGAGGAACAAGACCCACACUCUCUGUGUCAGGUGUGGCCGCCGCAGCUUCCACCUCCAGAAGAGCCGAUGCGCUGCCUGUGCUUUCCCUGCUGCCCGCAAGAGGAAAUAUAACUGGAGUGUGAAGGCUAUCCGCAGAAAGACUACUGGAACUGGUAGGAUGAGGUAUCUCCGCCACGUCCCUCGCAGGUUCAAGACUGGCUUCAGAGAAGGUACUGAAGCAGCACCAAGGAAGAUGGCUGCACCAGCUUCUGCUUAGGGUGUUUGAGAAGAAGUCUGCAUUAGGAGAAAGUUCUAUGAGAAGAUUGCUUGAUCAAUGUCAUUUCCAUUUGAUGCUCAGUGGAUUUUUGUUUCCUAGUUAUGUAGUUGCUUCAAAUUUUGGACAAGGAUUUAUGCGUAUAUUGUUGCUUGACAUUUUAAUUAAUUUUAUGGUUGAAGUUAAAAGAUUUCUGUGCCU